AUGUCUGAUUACAAUGAUGAGGCCAAGAGUCUGUCAGCUCAGGUAAGACAAGAGUCUUCUUCGGCGUUUGCUUCGGCUUAUAGAAAUAGAGGCUCAUCAGUCGGAAAAAUCGAUUUGGGUGAUACUAGUUCUCCAGGUUUAUCAACCAUUCACACUGCGGCAGUCCAAAGAAGAAAAUCAGAGGCAAGAAUCUUGGAAUUGAGUAAGGAAUCUAAGUCUGAUAUUGCCAUAGUAAAAAAAAUUUAUGUCGGGUUAAUUGAACUUUCAUACAGACAUACUUGGGUGGCACCACUCAUUGUAUUAAUCUUUUCAUUUAGUGCAUUCUAUUUUUCAUCUCCAAAAUCUAGAAUCCAUUUGUUUCUAGAAUGUUUAAUUGUCCCAUCUUACUAUAUAGAAGGUACUGAUCAAUAUGGUAAAGGUAUAAAUGACUUUUAUUUUGUUGGAUUUUAUUCUAUAUUCUUUACUUUCUUAAGAGAGUUUUUCAUGUGUUUGAUUUCAAGACCCCUUUCAAUACAUUUUGGCAUUAAGAAGGAAGAUAGAAUAAAGAGAUUCAUGGAGCAAAGUUACUCUAUAUUUUAUUAUGGGUGUUCUGGUCCAUUUGGGUUAUGGAUCAUGUCUCGUCUACCACUUUGGUUCUUUGAAACUACUCCAUUUUAUACCAACUUUCCUCAUAAAACUCAUGAUUUUUACUUUAAGAUAUAUUAUUUAGGUCAAGCAGCAUUUUGGGUUCAGCAAGUAAUGGUUUUAAUUUUACAAUUGGAGAAACCUAGAAAAGAUUUCAAAGUUUUGGUAAUCCAUCAUAUAGUUACUAUUGCGUUAAUUUGGACUUCAUAUAGAUUCCAUUUUACUUGGAUGGGUUUGGCGGUAUACAUUACUAUGGAUGUCUCAGAUUUUUUCUUGGCUACAUCCAUGACUAUGAAUUACAUCAAAUCUCGUUUUACUGGUCCAUUCCUAGUUAUGUUCGUGAUCGUAUGGGCAUAUUUAAGACAUUAUAUUAAUUUGAAAAUAUUAUAUUCCGUUUUAACUGAAUUUAGAACUGUGGGUCCUUGGGAAUUAAACUGGGAGACCCAACAAUAUAAAUGCUGGAUUUCUCAACCAAUUGUUUUCUUCUUAAUUGGUGUCUUGCAAAUAGUCAAUUUGUAUUGGUUCUUCCUUAUCUUGCGUAUUUUAUGGAGAUAUAUAGUUGGAGGUGUUGCAAGAGAUGAAAGAAGUGAUGACGAGUCAGACUCAGAAGAACAAUCGUAG